AUGGACAGAAAGAAAGCAUUUGAGAUUUUGGGAUUAACAGAAACUGCUUCUGAAAAAGAAAUCUAUGAUAAAUAUCGCCAGUUAGCUAAAAAAUUGCACCCAGAUAAAAAUAAAGGUUCUUCUGAUGCUACCAAAAAGUUUCAAGAGUUGAGCGAAGCUUAUGAGUAUUUAUCAUCACCAAAGGUGCCAGAGGAACCAGAUUUGUUUUCAUGUUAUAUGUGUCCCCCAAAAACAAUGUUUUGUUCCGAAAAAUGUCUUAAAGAAUAUCAAAAACUGCAAAACGGAGGAUACCUUCAUAAAACUUGCAAAGGUUGUGGUGGUUUCCAUGACAAUGGCACCCAAAUAAAAUGUAAGAUAAUAUUAGAAGUUUUUGAUGAAUUAAAAUAUACAGAGGGCAUGCUUGAAGACUUUAAGCAAUUAGUUAAUAGAUUGUUAAAAGAGGCUAGAAAAGCAUGCGAAGAAAAGAAAAACCAAAUUCAGCAAGAAAGAAAGCAAUGUGCCGAGAAAUUAAAAAGUUUGCAAGAGAAGUUUAUAAAAGAAAAUUAUGAUAUUCCCGAUGAUGACGAACUGAAUGAACUAAUCAGCGAAACUAAAAAAGAGGAAAAUUGGAAUAAUUUCCCAAACUUAAAAAAUCUUCUUACCCAAAUUAAAUCUUUACAAACUUCUGAUUCUUAUAAUGAGCAUAAGGCAGAAAUCCGUGCUAUUGAAGCAAGAUUAAAAGAAUUAAAUCCGGAGAAUUUCAAAAAUUCAAUUGAGAAAGAGUUAGAGGAAAAAUUAAAAAGCAAUGGGUUGAGCAAAAAAGACCUUAGUCCGGAAAAUCAAGAAAAAUUCCAAGUGGCAGUAGCAAGUAACGAUAUAGAAAAAAAGCAAGAAAUUGAAGAAAUCAUUAUUGAAGUAGGAGUUAAAAAAGAAUUAAAUGAAACAGUAACUUGUAUUAAAAAAGCAAUCACCGGUCAAAGUAAUUUAACUAGAACUCAGAAAGAAGAAUUACUUAAUAAAUUAGAAAAAUUUAUUUUUGGGAAUGCUUACCAAAAGAAAAUUUAUCAACAACAAAAGAGAAAAAUAGACAAUUUAAUAAUCGAACUACGAAAAGAAAUAACAAAUGAACAAGAAAAGUCAGAAUUUGCUUGA